ACUAUAUAUACUGACUCAAAGUAUGCAUACGGAGUCGUUCAUACUUUCGGGAAAAUCUGGAAAGAGCGAGGAUUGAUAACUUCCCGGGGAAAGGAAUUAGCUCACGAACAAAUGAUCAGCCUAACGUUGGAAGCCCUGGCGUUACCUACGGAACUUGCAGUAGUCCAUGUACCCGGUCACCAGAAGGGGUCGACACCGGAAGCGGUGGGAAACCGGCUGGCAGACGAGGAAGCCAAGCGGGCAGCGGUCGAAAAAUCUGUCCAAUUGUUAACGUUAAUACCGUUGAGGGAGGGCUCGCUAAACAACCCGUCUUCACCCAGGGGGAGAUUGAUAAAAUGGAUCAAUUGGGUGCCCGGCUAGAUACUAUCGGGAAGUGGACGGUUCCUGAUGGGAGACAAGUACUGAACAAACAGAUCACCCGGGGUAUUCUGCGCCGAUUACACCAUCAGACCCACUGGGGGGUGCAAGCCAUGUGUGAUACAAUCCUGAGAGACUAUGUAUGCAGGGGGAUAUACACGUUAGCCCAACAAGAGGUAGUCGGAUGCCCCACUUGCCUGCGUAUUAAUCAGAAAGCCAUGCGUUCUAUGCCAGCUGGUGGUCAGCCCCUAGCGAUUAGGCCAUUUCAGAGGAUCCAAGUUGACUUUACGGAAUUACCCCCAGUACAGAGAUGGAAAUAUCUGUUAGUAAUAGUAGACCAUUUCACUCACUGGGUAGAGGCUUUCCCAACUGCCAAAGACGAUGCACCAACCGUGGCCCGACUGUUGUUAGAGAACAUAAUCCCGAGAUAUGGCAUAAUGGAAUCUAUUGACUCCGACUGCGGGACGCAUUUUAUUUCUAAGCUACACCAUUUGAUGUGUAAUGCCCUGGGUAUCCAACGGAAAUUCCACACACCCUGGCAUCCUCAGAGUUCGGGUCGAGUUGAGAGAAUGAAUGGCACGCUCAAGACCCAAUUGACUAAGCUGAUGUUAGAAACUAAGUUACCCUGGCCAAAGUGCCUGCCCAUUGCCCUAAUGAGGAUACGUACGGCACCUCGCCGAGAUGUCGGGGUUUCCCCCUAUGAAAUGUUCUUCGGAUUACCGUAUUGGAGUAAGGUUGAUGGAUGUACCACUCUACAAGGGGGGAUGUAUUUAUCCGAACCUAUUUACUGGCCUUAUCCUGUUCUUUUGCAGAACUCCGGAGGAAAGGUCUCCUGGCUCAGACUCCGCCGCUCGACUUCCUCCUGCAUAAGGUGUAGCCCGGAGAUUGGAUACUUGUUAAGACCUGGAAGGCCGAAAAGCUCCAGCCGCGGUGGGAAGGACCGUUCCUGGUUCUGUCAACAACUGAAGCAGCUGUUCGGACGAAAGAAAAAGGGUGGGUCCACGCAUCAAGGAUAAAGGGGCCUGUUCCGCCUGAAGAAGAAAGCACCUGGACAUGCGAGCAAGGGGACAAGCCGUUGUCGGUAAAACUGAAAAGACAGCAAUAAUGAACUCUACUUGGACUGUAUUGGUGGGGAUAUUGAUCAGUUUACUCCUGUAUGUGGGGGAGGGUGAGGGGAGAUGUGACUAAUGUCGAACUACAGUAAGACUUGGGAUUCGAAUCUAUUCGGGAUCAUUUGUGUCCCAUUCCUAUGUGGACGAUAGGUGUUACGAUGUGAGUGCACGCCAUGAAUGAUGGGAGACCCUAUUAUCAGGUAUAUAAUAAAGGAUACGGUGGCAAAAUCCAUGGAUUCCCUAUAAAUGACCGCUGUGUGUGUAUUAGCAAAACUGGGAGGUGGGACCUAUCCUCCGUGUUGCUCAGGGAGCAGGUUGACAGAGACAAGGAGACCAAGAUACAGAUCCCUGAUCGGGGGGUGGGGAAAGAGCAAGA